AUGCUAACAGAUUUGCAGAUUGUAGCCAUUAUAGUGACGGGCAUUACCGCCGUGCUUUUGAUUAUGGCGGCUCGUGUACUAAUGCCACAGAAAACGAAUGAAGUUGAUGAGUCGUUACAGGCUAUGAUUAAUGGCUUUGACUUUGCAUUACCCGAAGAAGUGGAACAGUAUCGUCAAGGCAAAGCGGAACAUCCUGAUGAUAAGGAUAAAUGCUUUCAAUUGCUCUUUCGUCGUGCUGUGGCGGAUAUUCCAUUGAUUCGAAAAAUUCAAUCGGAGAGCUCUGGCAUUCAGCGUUUGAAGAAGAAUGAUAUUCUCAAGGACAGUUCUUUUCUUAGUUAUAAACUGGCGGAGGAUAUGAUUAAUGAAGAGAUUAAUGACGUCCGUCAAGAGUCGGAGGAACUGAUGCCAGGUGAGGGCUGGCCAGACAAGAUUUUCCCUCAAGCUGUACAGUUUAUGAAUCAGGUCGCCGAGCAGCAAAUGGCGGCCCAGCGCAAGGCGGCGGAGGCACAGGUGAAAGCCAUGCAGGCUGCACGUGCUAAGACCAUGGCACAAGCGGAAGCUGCGGAGACUGCUAUUAAGAAUAUUGAGGCAAAGGUUGCAGUCAAGGAUAGAAAAGGAGAGACGAUCCGAAAGAGGAAGUAA